AUGCAAAAGAAUACAAGACAAGAAACAUAUAAAAUCGUUAAGACUCGCCUCCCUAAAAGGCAAGGCGAACUUAACUUUAGCAUCAAUUCAGGUGUUUUUACCUGCUCUGAAUGCGAAAAAGAGUUUGAAAAGUCUUGGCUACUGAAAAGACAUUCGAAGGUUCACCAUAUAAGUAAUCAAAUAGCAACCAAUACUGUACUCGACAAACCCGAGCAGGCCGAAUUGAUAGUCAAGAACACUAUUCCGGAUGUUAAUGCAUUUGAUUACUCGAGUGAUGAAGAUGACUCCUCUAGUAUUGGGGAUGAAGAAGACAACAUUGUAGACGAGGAAAACGAUAUUGUCAAUAACUUCUUUGAUAUUAAAAUGAACAGUAAUCCAGUUUUCAACGCGUUCUCUGACAUGUUUUCUUCUGCUGCUGCUGCUGAUGAGGUAUCAAUGACUGAUGAUGACUCUGAGAUCCCGGAAGAAGUCUUUGAGACAAUUGGCGCUCAAAUGUUGAAGAAGAUACUGCUUGCGAUGAACUUGGUCAUUAAGAUCCAGCAAGAAACUCCCAUAGGAAGAACAUUUAGGUUACCUCGUUUGGAUGCUCUUUUAAAUUAUCAGGCAAGAAAGAAGUCCAAGAUGCCUGUCUUUCCUUCACAAAGAAUAUCAGUACCUGAAUCAAACAGGAACGCAUUUGCCCACAUUAACCUUCUGUCCGACCACUUGAGAUUUCUUAUGGCAAACCCAAAGAAAUCCAAGUUGAUCUUGUCCAUGCCCGAUUGUACCCCAAACCAAUCGAUCUGUUUGGAACAAGGUGAAAAGUGGAGAACCCACCAUCUCUUUCAGCAGCCUAUGCACACUGUAAAUGGUAUAGAUGUCUGGUUUGGAAACAUCAUUUACUUGAAGGCAAACGAUUGCAGUAUUCGCUUUUUGGUUGAAUCGUUCCACACAGCAAAUAAAAACAUUUUUGCGAGAGGGUAUCUGAUCAGAGCGAUUUCGAUUAUAUGCUAUGGCGUUGAGGUUGCUGUUACCGAUCUUAGAGUAGAGCAGAUCUCUCACGUUGACACCACUCCUGUUGAAAGAGAUCACUACUAUAGUAUCUCAAGUAGCCUUACCAGAUUGAGUCCUGCUCAUGACUUUCUUCUUUUUGGAGUUCAUCCAAUGAAGAAGCCUAUGCCUCUUUCUGUUUUGCCCAGUAAUGUAGAUUGCGAUGCAGUAUUUUACAAAAAAGAUGGUGCAAAUGGUAUGUCUCUUCUGCCAGCAAUCGUUGAUGACUUUAAGAAACUUGAGAAAGGUGUAAAAAUGUUCUCCACUGAAGACAAUGAGUAUGUUCCAGUUGUUGCUCCCAUCCUUUGGAUUGAGACUGACAUGCCAUGUCAUUUGGAACUUUGCAGAUUGCUUGGGCUGGCCACCACAUUUCCUUGCAGAAGAUGCUACAUCGAACUUAGACGUGCAAAAGACUUUGUGAAGGACUUGUCCUACUUCUGUGAGUGCCAUGAGAGACGAACUCAAGAGCACUAUGUUCUUGCAAACUCGUCACCUGGCAGAGACACUGAGAUCCCAAAUGCUCCGAAAAUUGGAAUGAACACGCCUGCAAACGAGAUAAGCUUUAGAGAUCAUUUGACUGGCUGCUUAUUAGAAUUGCAGUCGUUUGAUUCAGAAAAGGAUACACCAGUGGAAAUCCUCCACACGAUACUUUUUGGUGUUGCAAAGUAUAUGGUGAUUGACUUGGUUAAGGUCGUGCUUAAGAAUGACACAGUCACAAUAGCAAGACUUUCAGAAUUCUUGACAGAUUACAGUGGUCCCUCAAUAAUUUCACGCCCCUUUAAUUUCAUGCUUCGAUAA